UGAUGGUGGCUGUAGUGCUGUACUGGUGUUUCCUCCACCCUCCAGAGGCAGCAUCUGUAGGGCGCUCGGAGCUCAGCUCUUUUCCAUGCACACUACACACUAGGCUCUCAGUCUCCUCGGGAUUUUCUGCUCUUAGUUUAUUUGGAUUCAUCCAGACGCACUGCUCAGCGCUGUCAUGCCGGAAGCAGAAGGAUCAAGCCGGACUCCGCAGGGUGUCCCCUACAGCGAGCUGCCGCACAUCAUCAACCCUGACGGACUGCACCUGUUCUGCCGCUACUGGGAACCUCAAGGACCGCCGAAGGCGCUGGUGUUUGUGGCACAUGGGGCUGGAGAGCACUGCAGCGUGUACAACGACGUCGCUCACACACUGACCCAACACUCCCUGUUUGUGUUUGCCCAUGACCAUGUGGGCCAUGGGCAGAGCGAAGGGGAGAGGAUGAAUAUUAAAUACUUUCAGAUCUACAUCAGAGACUGUCUUCAGCACAUCGACCUGAUGAGAACGCGUUACCCCAACCUGCCCAUCUUCAUCCUUGGCCAUUCGAUGGGUGGUGCCAUCUCGAUAUUGACUGCAUGUGAGAGGCCGCAGGAUUUCGCCGGGGUGGUUCUGAUAGGUCCCAUGAUCCAGAUGAACCCAGAAUCUGCCACACCCUUCAAGGUUUUCAUUGCUAAAGUCCUGAACCAUAUGGCACCCAGCUUCUCUAUUGGCUCCAUCGAUCCCAAGUUGGUCUCUCGGGACCCAAAACAGGUUCAGGCGUAUGAAUCAGAUGAGCUGGUUUAUCAUGGAGGUAUGCGGGUAUCAUUCGGAAUGCAGCUGAUGGCUGCUUCAAGCCGCAUCGAAACAGAGCUUCCCAACAUCUCUUGGCCUUUCCUUCUUCUGCAUGGAGCAGAUGACAAGCUCUGCGAUAUCAGAGGAUCCCAUCUCAUGUAUAACCAAGCUAAGAGCACAGACAAAAAACUGAAGGUGUAUGACGGAGCCUACCAUGCCCUGCACCAUGACUUGCCUGAGACAGCAGAGUCCGUCCUUCAAGAAGUGAUCACCUGGAUUAUUGAACGUCUUCCCGCCCCCUCUGGGCCUUAACUGUCCAUCUUCCCAUUAACCACACCCCUUUGACUAGGCCCCAUAUCUCUGACUAUUUUCAUCUUUCUCCUCUCUGUUUACAACUCUUCCUGCUGGGAUGCAUCCAAACUCAAUUAUGUUUAUUAUUAACAAUCUAGGAGAAGGUCAGGGGUCGCCACUCUUUCACCUUUGGCACCCAGGUCAAAGCUUUGAUGUUAAGUCAAGAGUGUCAGGCUUGCCUUUUUUUUCCACUCCACACUUUCUGUCACCACAGGGUGCAGUUCACAUGUUAUCGUGUCAGUCACCAUGAGUCUUAUAAUGAACACAGCUGCCCCAACACCCCACUGUUCUUUUGUAUGUUGCCACGGUGACAAAGCAGUUGCCCUUCAUCUUUUCUUUGAUGUUUAUUCCUCAAUUCUAGUUGAGCUGCUGUGCUGCAAAUCUGCUGCCCCUGCUGGACAACAGCAGCACUGCAGGUUUCAAUCAUCCCAGUUACCAGGGAAACACCAUGAAAUACUAGCAGGGGGGAAAAAAAUGAAUCAAUUAUAAAACAGGGUGUCAUGGUAACCAAGUGUGUGUGUGUGUGGGGGGGGGGGGGGUAGAGAGUGAUAGAUUGUCUGAGGAUGCUCAGUGAGAGGAAUGAAGCAGUGAGAGGAAAUCUAGAGCAUGGCAGCUGUAGGGGAACACCCUCAAACCCUGAUCUGUCACCGAUAUGCAGAGGUGGAAAAACCCGGGUGCAGAAAGUAAAAACCCUACCACAUUUUUGCUCCAGCCAAUUCAAUGAACCAGCUGAUCCUAAUUACCACAUCCCCUAAGCCAGGUUGAUGAGCUAAUUGGUGAAAUCACCUGUGUUGAGAGCACAGGCAGAAGGAAAACCUAAGCAGGACUUUUACUUUGUCAAUCCAGUUUUUCCACCUCUGCCGAUAUGAAACCCAUAUGCAAUGGGCAUGCAUACACACAAGCAGCAAACACACUACCAUGAACGGAACUUUCAGUUGGCUUUUUAUUUAUGAUACGGUAGUAUGUCAGAUUGUACUAUUUGAGCUUUGUUCGCGCUUGACAGAUUACUGUUUAGAAGACUGCAGACUGUUCCAUUGCCAUUUUUUUUUUUUUUUGGGGGGGGGGGGUUGAGGUGGCGAUGACUGUUCUCUAACAUUGUGUCAACAAGUUAAAUGCUUAAUGUCUAUUGGCAACUGAUACCUCCUCACAGAACUGGAAAAAUGUUCCAUCCCUAAUGUGCAUUGUUACUGACGUAUAGCUUUGUGUAUCAGUUACCAUGUUAAUCCAAAAAUCUACACAUUAUUGCAAUAGUUGUAUGUUUUUAAUGAUCUGAAAGUGAGUGGGCAAUCAGACCAGAAAAAUAAGAUUUAUUGAUAGAGAAAAUGAUACUUUUAGGAUCAACUAAUCUUAGUACUUUCAACUUUCUUAGUACUUUUGCUGAAAAUAAAGGAUGUUGGUGACAAAUUCUAAUAUUUUAGAGGACAAUUAUUAGUUUAAUAAGGGACACAUUUUCUGUUCAACAAAUAAUUUCUCCAUGUGAAGGUUUUUAAAGUUGGUUGGCCCUGUAUUUCUUCAAAGUAACAUAUUUUAUGAGAUACUGUACGUGGGCACAACCUCAAUAUAUUAUUAGGUUGGUUUUUUUUUUAAUAUUUGCACAAUUAUGUAAAUACAUUUGCAUUGGCACUAUUUUCCUAAGCACUGAAGUACUUGUAAAUCUUCUUUGUUCAAGAAGAAACUUUUCAACAAAAUGAAAAUCAUACCAGGAGAUAUAUUAUAAUAUUGUUUAAAGGUGCUGACUGCAAAGUCAUCUGAAAUUUUCUAAUUUUUUUAUUGUGCAUGGCAUUUUCUUAUGUCUUGCAAGCACAAUGUCAUGCGGACGAGAUGUGAUUAUUUUGAUGUGCUGAAGGUCAAAUUUCUCUGAAUUGGGACUGUUUUCCUACCUCUUGAGGUAAACAGUAUGGCCCCAUGGAAACAGCUGAACGCAAGGAGCUUUAACUAAUUAGCAAACUAUGGAACUGCGUCACACCAAGAUGGCGACACGCAGAAAACAUUGUGACUUUGUAUCGACCUCGGAAAGUUUUGAGUCGCAGAUGCAAUUUGUGGUUGACGUUUGCGAAUAGAUCUGUGAAACAAAAGAUCAAUAUAUCUUUUCUUUGUUACUGCUUUUGUGUUAUCAUUUCUUUCUCUGUAAGAUCAAAACAUUAGGUGUAGAACUCCAUACUCGCUACUGUAGAGUUGAGCCCAUGCAUUCUAAGGCUAAGAUAGCUAAGCGCUAGCUAGAAUGAUUUAGUUAUCUGUCCAGAAAAAUGACAAGUCAUCUAACCUUGCCCUAUCUUGCAGUUGCACUCACUAGGCAGGCUUUCCUUUUCUUUUCCGCUAGCUUUUAGCUGGCUGGAGAGCGGAGUCUGCCAUGUUUGCCCACGCUGACUUGUUUUGGUUAAAAGUAGGUCAAACACGCCCUACGGUGGUCACGUGAUAUUGUUGCUCACUGGCUUCGGCAAUCUCCAGAAUUGUAAAAUGUGGGACGUGUUUUAUCUCGGCAGAACAUUUACACAGAGGAUACAUGGUGUACGUGUGUGUAUGUGUGUGUGUGCAGCGGCGAAAAAUUUCGAAACCCCAACAGCAAUAGAAAUAGAACAUUCUGCCCAGAAUUCAACUUUGCAGUCAGAACCUUUAAAAGAAAUCUGUGUACAAAAAUAUGUUAAAUGUUCUGGUUCCAAAAGAAACUGCUGUAGCUUAAUUUUCAGCUUACUAAAGUUUGUUUAGGUGUGUGCAUAUUACAUUUGAAGAAUAUUGCAGACAGGCUGUUUUUUUUUCUUAUUGCAAAAAAAACCCAAAACCAAACAAAAAAACAUAGUUACAGUUACCUAACUUUAUAAAUCCACACAAGGAAAACAAUACUACAAAUAUCUGUUUCUCACAUUUCUAUCCUUAUAGAAAGAGACAUCCAGUACAUUGUGCUAUCUCAAGAUUUAAUAACACUUUGAAAUUCUAAAAUCUAUGAAAAUCCUAACAGUUUCUGUUCCCAGAUCAGCUAUAUUACCAUGCUGUCUGAGCUGUGUUGUUUUUGCCCUUGUUUCAUAGCAUUUAGGUGAUUCUGGUCCCAUUUUUGGCAAAUAAGAUUGGUGCUGAUCUGAUGCACAUGUGCGUGUAGUAUAUGCAAAAUUGACCAGAGGGCUCUUAAAGUGAUUUUUAUUUUUGCUCAAUAUAAAGCACUAAGAUAAGCCUCAGAAGUCAAUAACAGAAUGUUCUUCCCCGUGCAAAGCCGCACGCUGUGCAGGCUGUACAUUAAUCUGGUCUCAGGGAGCAAGUCUUUUAGUGCAGCUAAUUUCACCCAAUUAAUAAAACAUAAUAAAAUGCUCAGCUUUGACAGGUGUACCAUCCAAUUUGAAAUGCAAACUGCAUCAAUAAAAUACGUUAAUAAUUAACAGUGGCUAUAAUAAGAUUUCUAAAUACACACUUCUGUAUAGAGCGAUGCCAUUUUGUAGAACUAUGAAUAGUUAAAGCGAUGAUGCUUUUGAACUCUUGACUGUUUCCAUAAUCAUUCAAGAACAUUUGUGAACAUAUUUGAGCAACAUAGUAGCAGAUGGUGCUCUAAGAGACCCAGGAAAAGGAACCAUUUCGUUACUAUGAGCCGCUGUGUCAAAUUACAGUCUGACAGCCUUGUACUUGCAUGCAUCUUUAAUGAUUAAUACAGUGAAUACUGUCAUUCUUGCUGUCUGAUACAGAAAUGCGUGACUUUUGUGUUUGCAGUAUCUCAGAAGCAAUGCUAUCGAUAGCUAGUCAUCAUUGGAUUCACUCUGUCACAGUAACACUCAUAGGCAGCAUGGCUUUGAAAUCGCCAUCCACCAGUGAUCACCAGCUAUGAGUGGUUUAUGAUUGGUCUUUUGAAAUCCAGUCGCGCAGCAUUGUAGGCAGUUCUACUGCAACUUCUAAUGUGAACUCCAGACUUUGUGCGAGUCUGUGAAGUCAGGUGUAGGAAUGUUUAUAGACUACUGUUUGUAUAUGCAUGUAAAAUAAAUUUUUUGAUUUCUACUAAUAAUUGUAAUAUAAUUCUGAGAACAAUAUUGUGAUGGAAUUGUUUCAUUUUGACAUCAUGGCCAGUAGAUAAAUAAACAAAGACUGUUACAAGA